UUAUGACGUAAUCACCCUGCGCUGACUAAUAAGCCAGUGCACAGCCGCUCAGGAGAGUGCCCAUAUCGCAUGUGGAGCAAAAUACGUGAAAAGUUCCAUUAAUUCAAAUGUGUAGACUGUGAAAAUGAAGCCCCAGGAGUCUACAGGAAGAGAGAAGAACACUUUUAGGUGUCUGAAAGUGACUACUUCGGGGCAAUCCAGACUAUGCUUCGUUUGGUUUAGCUAGGUGUGCGACUGUCCACAUGUUUGGUAACGUGUAUUGUUUGUUACAGCAAACAUAAGAAGACGUGUAUACGUCAACAAAGAACACGACGGUCGAAGUGCGUGCAUAUCUUUUUUUAAUUUGAACAAUAUCGUGCUAACCCGGGACACAAUAACCAUGUGAAGUGAUCACACUGCUGUGUCUCUGCUAGCAACGUUAGCUUACGUCAACGGGGACUAUGACAGUGCUCGCUGCUGUUUUAUUUGUCCACGUUAGAUGGCCCAGUUCCCCUCCAUGUUGUGCUUCUGGUUUAGCCAUUUGAGACUGACGCUAUGGCAAACGAGGAGGAAUUAGUGCCGAGCCUUCUGGCAGGGGAGCUUGGUAAUGGCGACGUUGUGCCUCCAGCGAGUGUGUGCGGGCUGUCGGUUCUGUCCUGUCUGCUGCUCGCUUGUUCUUACGUCGGCAGUUUGUACGUGUGGAGGAGUGACCUGCCAAGGGAUCACCCCGCUGUUAUAAAACGCCGCUUCACCAGCGUGUUAAUCAUAUCAGGUCUGUCGCCUCUCUUUGUGUGGGUAUGGAAGGAACUGACAGGCGUCCGGAUGGUGUCUCCACUGCUGGCGGUCAUGGGGGUGCGCUUUGAAGGCCUCAUCCCUGCCAUUGUCCUGCCUUUGGUGCUCACCAUGAUCCUGUUUCUGGGCCCCCUGACACAGUUGGCAAUGGAUUGUCCCUGGACCUUCAUGGAUGGUAUCCGGUUAGCAUUUGACCCAUGGUUCUGGACGUUGUGUUUCAACGACAUGCGGUGGUUGAGGAACCAGGUAGUGGCACCGUUGACAGAAGAGCUGGUGUUCAGGGCCUGUAUGCUGCCCAUGUUGGUGCCCUGCACCGGCCCCGCCACCGCCAUCUACACCUGCCCUCUCUUUUUUGGCAUGGCUCACUUCCACCAUGUGAUUGAGUCGCUACGCUUCCGACGGGGGUCAUUGUCAGGGAUCUUCCUCUCAGCUGCGUUCCAGUUCUCCUACGCGGCCGUGUUUGGAGCCUACGCAGCCUUCAUUUUUGUGAGAACAGGUCACCUGGUGGGCCCAGUGCUCUGCCACUCCUUCUGUAACUACAUGGGUUUCCCGGCCAUCAGUUCGGCCUUGGAGCACCCACACCGCCUCACUGUCCUUUGCUCUUACCUGCUGGGGGUCUUCCUCUUCCUCCUCCUUCUCUACCCCCUCACCGACCCCUCCUACUAUGGCAUACCCACACCAGUGUGCGCCCUGGCCUUUUCUUCUAGCACCCUGUGCAUCCCCUGAUCCUGGCCCCACCCUUUACUCCCUCUCCUUUCUUUGCGUCUUUCAUCUUCUACUGACAAGCGCUCGUGGUGGUUGACAUUUGAGAGCUCAGGUCCGCUUUGUGCCGAUUGGUGCUUGACCACGGUCAUCAGGGUGUUAGGUGGUCUCCUGAUAAGUGUAGCGCUUGGAGGCUCAUAUUGCAGAGGAGCACCGGUGAAGGACAUAUUUAUUCCUGAAGCAGUUAUUUCAUCCUGAUUUUGGUGCAGUGUUUGCUACAGUUGAACCGUUUAAAAACGUUGGACUUGGACCAUUCCAGUACAAUUCAAAUCAUUAGUGAGUAGUUUUGAUCCUUUUCAAUCAAUUUUUUGAUGUUAUACUUUACCGCUUAGACAUAGUACAUCUUUUUAUGCAGGCCGCUAAAUCGUUUACUUGCACAAUAAAGGCAGCAGCAAGAACUUUAAAAUGCAAAAACACUCUAUAAGCUAAACUGGAACUGUGAAGAAAAUGUUGACUGCUUCAGCAAUAUCGAUUUUUUUAAGUGAUUGACGUGUGCUUGUGGGGUACUGUUUAUACACACUAGAGGGCGUGAGAGAGCCGUGUUAUUGCUUCUGUUGGAUUUCUCAGUUUUACUCAAAGCAGCGCAGUCCAACCUCAACCCAAAUAAUAUGCCUAAACAUGAACUGAAUCAACACGUUUUUAAUGUGGAGCCAAUUUCCAACUUUUUCUCUCAAAUGAUCCACACAUCAUAUUCUGCUAAAUGUGUGUUUUUUUUUUUCAAAUAAACUAAUUCAAAUAAAUGACAAUGCAGCAGCAGGUGUAUUACUGCAAUAAGCAUAUUAGGGCAGUAAGAUAAGUAAAAUUGUGAGACUAUUGAUGAACUAACCCAGUGGUUCUCAACCUUUUUACAGUGAGGUAUCCCCUAAAGAAUCUUUUUUGUGUCAGCCAAGUAACCCCUAACCACAGAGAAGCAUUUUUGGUAAAAAAAAAAAAAAAAAGAUGUAGAACACAGUGCUGCAGCAUCACUAUCUGAUUUAUUACUCUCCAAAGGAGUGCUCGUCUGUCGGGUUCUUGUUUGAAACAGUUGAAAAUAACACUACUCACUAAAAGUUAGGCAUAUUCGGCUUUCAGGUGAAAUUGCAGGAUGAACCUAAAAUGCACUACCUGUAUAACCUUUACAGGUGAGCUUAAUUUCACCUUCUCUGAACUUUUGAAUGUUCAACUGUUGAACGUUUCAAUACUUUUUGCGCAAUUGCUGUUCUCUAACAAGGAGCUGAACGGCAAAUUCACAACCGGUGCGAAAUCUGUGACUCUCUAAGAUCAGCGGCCACUUACUUCUGAGGACAUCCUGUUUGACUUUCAAAAUCCGCAGGUGAUCAAAUACGUAUUUCCGCGUGUGUGUUUACACAUAUAUUAAAGGGCACCACUGUACUAAUCAAUAUGUUUUAACAACAGCGAGGCUCAGCCACUCCCACAACAACAAGGAUGAUUUAUCUUACAGUCUGAAGAGACAGCUCCUUUAGCCAAUUCAAUUACUCAAAGCUGCCUUAAGAGGCACCUGUCACUGCUAAUGCCCCAUCAUGCCCCCUGCCCUUCCAACCAAGCCACCCCCCAAUGUUAUUUAUGCUGACUGUUAAUGAGUCCUUCACUUUUUCCGCUUUGUCUUCACCUGCCACUGAGUUGUAAUUUCCCCACUCACAGGCAUUGAUUUGCAAACACGAUCCAACUGAAUUUUGCUUUUACCGCUCUCAUCAAACAACAUACUCAGCGGACUUUUCCCCUCUACAAAAUAAUGUGGCCCGCAACGCCGACAGAGACUGCACAGUCUAUUUUUGCACAGCUCUGUUGUUGUAAUACACCACAUUUCAGACAAUGAGUCAGCUCUUCUUUCCUAUCAGCACUAUUUUUUCUAAUCACAUCUAUUUUGGUGAUUGCGUAGAGAUAUGUGCAUGUAUUUUAUGCUCGCGAGUCACGGCUGUAAACUUUUAGUACGACAAUCUUUUACACAAUAUGUUUGUGAAUAAAUCGUGCAGUUUUAUACACCAAUCAGCGCCUGUGAUGUUUUUGUGAUGCCUUCAUAUUUGUCUAGCCAAACAACUUGUGAUUAAUACUACAGUAUAUGAUUUUUCAACGCAACGCCGAUGCUAGUGACAACAAAGAUGUGAUUCUCCUUACAAGCCAGUGUAUCCUUAAAAUGGUGAUGAUUACAUAUUGUGUAUUUAACUUGACAUGAGUGUGGCCUUUGCCACACGUAGCACGAGUGACUGACAAAUUGUCUUACGAAGGACACAUUGUCCUGCAGUGCGUGUAUAAUAGCUCAAAGCAAAAGGGCUAGAAAGUGUUGUUUUAUGGUCC